AUGUUAUUCUUUGUAAUUUCCGUUAUUUUUUUGGCAUCUAUCAACGUCGUCGAGAUGGCCGUCACCAAGCUUCCAAUUCACAAACACCGCGCUUCAAAACGUGAAGAGGGGCAAACCAUGACAUGCUCUUUAUACGACGACGCCCAUACUGCGGGAGCAUGGUGCAACCGUUCUCAUAUGUGCGUUGGUGGCUGCCAAGGUCCAUAUAUCACUGCGCAAAACUGUCGUGAAAUCACCGAAAAUACCGACGCCUUGGGCACGCCAGUGGUAGCCGGGGUAGAAAUCAUACAUGUGCAGAGUGUUGUAUGUACUACUGCUUACGAUAAUUAUGCUCAGGGAACGAAAGCUUGCAAUACGGACACGAAGACAUACUCUUGUCGAGGUGAACCUCUGGGCGGAACUCACGCAACCUGUCAUGGCUGUGUCGGCACUAGUCAUCUACUUUGGCAAUCGGAUCACUAA